CCUGAGCCCUAGGACCAUGCCUCAGGACUACCUGACAUGAUGACUCCUUGCUGUCCCCAGUCCACCUGACUGUGCUGCUGCUCCAGUUUCAAUGUUCUGUCUUAUUAUUAUACGACCAUGCUGGUCAUUUAUGAACAUUUGAACAUCUUAGCCAUGUUCUGUUAUAAUCAUGUUAUUCUGUAUUUUUCCAUCAUGAGAAAGGCCCAUGGCCCUGAAACUGUUGACAACGUUUCAAGUCAGCUAUGUUGCAUAACACAUACAUACAUCCACACAAGCCAACAGCAGAUAAUAUUCAAUCACAUAUAUGGUAACGGGCUAUAGUGCAUAACACAGAAUCCUCAUAGUACGAAGGGCUAUAUAAAUCAAUUUGAUUUGAGGUAGCUGUGAAUAUCAUGUGGGGUAGCUGUGAAUAUCAUGUAGCUUGUUGUGAAUAUCAUGUAGGGUAGCUGUAAAUAUCGUGUAGGGUAGCUGUGAAUACCAUGUAGCUUGUUGUGAAUAUCAUGUGGGGUAGCUGUGAAUACCAUGUAGCUUGUUGUGACUAUCAUGUGGGGUAGCUGUGAAUACCAUGUAGCUUGUUGUGAAUAUCAUGUGGGGUUGCUAGCUCAGUAAAUGCGUUUAGCCCCUGAUCAGUGCAUGAGGGGAGAAGAGACCAGUGAAGAAAGCCAACUAGCUAACGUUACUAGGAAUGAGAUGUACCCAGUCAUGGUGGUCCUAGCACUAAGUAUUCAGGCAGGUUGUUUGUGCUGUUUAAAGGCUGUUCUCUGCCACAACGUUACAUUAUGACAUUACAGACCGACUUUGAGCGGUUUCCGGGGCGCUGUGCGUGUAACUAACGUCAGUCAUAGCACAUACUGUUCACUAGCUAGCACGUCAGCUUACUGGCGAGAUAAAUCAAAUACAUCUCAAUCUUUGCAGGUCAGGGGUGUCCGGAUAGCCUUUCCCCUGAAUUUGAGAUGUUAUUUUUGGUCACCUACUUCGUGUUUUGGACAGGGCACCCCCGGGAAAGAGUCAAAUUCCAGGAUUCAGGAAGGAGAAGAGUAUUUGGUCCGGUUAUCACUUGUUACCACAGCCACAAAAUGCAGUCAUGCCUAAUUCUACAAUGUAUCUCGUUUAAAUCGUAAUCCUAACGUUAACCGCAUAUCUGACUUUAGAUUAAGACCAAAAAGCAACAACAAAAAGUAUGCAUUUUUACGAUAGACAAUUAUAACUUUGUGGCUGUGGUAACCAGUAACGACACUGGUUGCCAGAUAUGAGAGGCAACAGGGCAGUUGUAUAGUCGCUUUGGUUCAAAACUGAAGGUGUCCAACUAAAGCAUGUCUCCAAAAUGCCAAAGCACAACACAAAAUGAAAUUUCUUUAUGAUUUUAUUGGGUGACAACACUAAAUAUCUGGCUACCCGGAGGAUUGUCCGUCCAUCCGAAUAGAAUCAUUUCCGGUACAAAGGAUUUUCUUUGUUUUAAAAAACUCCAUCAUGUCGGGGGGAAAAGUACCUAUACAAAUCACGUAUUUGCUCAGUAAUAACCGUUGUGUUUGCAUGGUUCUGUGUUAAUUUACUAAUAACCAGAAUUUGUUUUAUGAAGAUGGGGAGGUUUAUUUUGUCGGCAACAAAGGGGGAGGAAUAUUGUCGACGCACAGCGUCUCCAGCUGCCUGCCCAGAGACCUGAGCUGGCAGACUACACAGCAAGAGUCUACUUUUGCCGUAAUGGGGGAGAAACCGUUGAAGAUCCUCGCAUGUGGUGAUGUAGAAGGAAGCAUUAAUGCUGUGUUUAACCGCGUCCGGACCAUCCAGAAGAAGAGCGGGCAGUUUGAUCUGCUGCUGUGUGUAGGAAACUUCUUCGGUUCAUCUCCAGGAGCUCAGGCUGAAUGGCAGGAGUACAAAUCUGGAGCAAAGAAAGCUCCCAUCCACACCUACAUCCUGGGAGCAGCCAGCCAGGAAACACUCCGCUUCUUCCCCAGUGCUGACGGCUGUGAGCUGGCAGACAACAUCACCUACCUGGGUCGUCGUGGUGUUUUCACUGGGGCGUCAGGCCUGCAGAUAGCAUAUGUGAGUGGUCGUGAGGGGCAGCAGGAUCCGACUCCAGCUCACUGCUUCUCUCCUAAAGACCUCACUCAGCUGGUGGAGCCACUGAUUAGCAACAACCAGUUCAGAGGAGUGGACAUCCUGCUGACAUCACAGUGGCCCCGCGGAGUCUGGCAGUACGCCAACAGCCCUGAAGUCAACACUAAGUUCUGUGGAACGACCUCCAUCUCCCACCUGGCUUACAAGCUGAAGCCUCGCUACCACUUUGCUGCAGUAGAAGGAGUUCACUAUGAGAGACUACCUUACAGGAAUCAUGUUGUUCUUCAGGAGAAUACUCAGCACGUCAGCAGAUUUAUCGCCCUGGCAACCGUCAACAACCCAGAGAAGAGAAAGUACCUGUAUGCCUUCAACAUUAUCCCGAUGAAAAGCAUGGAGGCAUCAGAACUGGUCAAGCAGCCUCAGGAUGUCACUGAGAGCCCUUACAGCAGGAUGGUUAGAGAGAACACUCUAUCUGACCCUACUGUCCAGGAGCCGGCAUCUCAGUUCUUCUUUGACCUGGGGAAGAAGCAGCGUGGAGGGGGGCGUGGCCAGGGGGGGCGUGGUAGGAAGAGGCCCUCAGACGGAGUCGGGCAGAAUCAAGGACAGCCGUGGGAUUCAGACCGGCAGAGUCAGAGACUGCCCUUUGAUCUAGACAGGCCUAAACAACCCCGCAGGCCCCCUCAGCCCAGCGGUCCCUGUUGGUUCUGUCUGGCCAGCCCUCAGGUAGAGAAACACCUCGUCAUCAGCAUUGGUACACAUUGCUACCUGGCCCUUGCUAAGGGCAGUCUAACCCCUCAGCAUGUGUUGGUACUGCCCAUCGGCCACUACCAGUCAGUAGUGGAACUGAGCUCUGAGGUGGUUAAAGAACUGGACCGAUACAAGAUGGCUGUCAGGACCUUCUAUAAGAGCAAAGGACAGCGCUGUGUUCUGUUUGAGAGGAACUACCACAGCCAACACCUACAGAUCCAGGUAGUACCAGUACCAGAGGAUAAGUGUACCACUGAAGAUAUUAAAGAAGCCUUCAUGCUGCAGGCGCAGGAACAGAACAUGGAGCUGAUGGAGAUACCACAACACACUGACCUCAAACAGAUUGCUCCUCCAGGGACACCGUACUUCUACGUAGAGCUGGACUCUGGAGAGAAACUCUUCUACCGCAUUCAGAAAAACUUCCCUCUGCAGUUUGGCAGGGAGGUGUUGGCCAGCGAGGCGUUGCUGAACAUCCCGGAGAGGGCCGACUGGAGAGAGUGUAAACAGACCCCAGAGGAGGAGGAGGGUCUGAGCAAACAACUACGAAACGACUUCCAACCAUACGACUUUGCACUGGAAGACUGAACACCGACACACACUGUACCGUACAGGAGGGGUGUAAUGGUACACUGAACCAUUGGGUACGGGGACUUGUGGAUUAACAACACCAGUCCUAUAGUCUGUGCUGUGUUGUAGGCCUAUGUCUGCAGUAAAUCUGAGCUGAACAUUUCAGUCUAUUCCGUUGAAACAACUAGAGCCUAUGUGCACGUUGUAAUCAAAAUUCAAAUCUUAAUUGGCGCAUUUCAAAAACCCGUCCUUUUGUGAGGCGCAGCCAGGAACUAGUUCUGUACGAUGGUGAUUGGUGGGGUCCAACCAUAACUGGAGGAUCCUCCAUCGUUCUCCAGUUUGGGAACAUUUUGUCAUGAAAGUAGAUUAUAACGGUGACGGACAGAGUUGUGGAUAAAGCGUUAACAGUACGUCUCCACGCAGAAGGAGAAUAGCUGCUGCCAACACCUCCAACAUGUUGACACCCACAUCACCCCAGUAUAGUGUAGCAUGACGGAGCACCUCCAAAUGUUGACACCCACAUCACCCCAGUAUAGUGUAGCAUGACGGAGCACCUCCAACAUGUUGACACCCACAUCACCCCAGUAUAGUGUAGCAUGACGGAAACACAAAGAAUUCACACCACCUUCCGUCUGCAUUCAGCUGUUUCUGACCGGGCCAAAGUUCAGAGCGAUAGGUAGGCAAUGUUUAUAUUUUUUACAGUCUUGGGUUUAUUGCGUGGAUAUGUGUCCGUUCUCGGGGGUUGAGAAUAGGGCCUUUCAGCACCUCGUCAAAUUGCUCCACACCCACGUUACCAACUUCCCUCAUUUCAUAAAACAGGUAGUACCCACGUUAUAUAAGCAAGCCAACGUUUUCAAUGAAUUGGCCAAUGUACCCUGUGUUGUGCUUGGUGACAUCCUGUCACAUGACCCCGGAGUAGGCGAUGUCCCCUUUACCAAAGUGCUGGAGGCAGUGUCGUGGUGCGUUUGGAACCAACUGGGAAGUUGCCACAUACGACUGGGUUAAAUCUACUUCAAUGUCCCUCCGACUGGUAAUUACUAGUGGGAAAACUAUCAUUGUGAGCUCCCACUUCUCCCACAUGCUGACCUCACCUACUAAAGGACAUUUUCAGGCAGUUAAAUGCAACAAAACAUCAUUUAAAAAUAGCAGUGGUUUUUGAACUGUAAUUUGUUUAAAAGCAUGAUAGCUGUACUUUUAGGAGGACGCAGCUUGUUGGCCGUUAGCCAAUCGGUGAUUCUCAACAAGUUCAAAUCACAUGAAUGGUCCCACUGGUAUUUAUGACGACACAACUGGUAAAUGCCCUCAUGGUUACAAACUCAGCAUCAGAGUGGGAACUUGAGACUGACAUAAGUGUGAAUUCUGAACAUUGUGAAUUGCGUUUAAUUUGGAGGCGGAGGGUGCAGUUGAGAUCUUCCCUUAGUAAUGCACUUCCUGCCUUCUCUGUUUUUACUUCAAUCCAAUCGUCUGAAAAAGUAGUUUUCACAAUGUGGAGAUAAAUCAGUGUCAUCAUUUUGUACAAGGUCCCUGAUUAAAAACUUUUUUGUAUGUUU